UCCCCCUAGCCGAGGCAUCCCCGUCCCAUGCAUCGAAGUGACAAUUAAUUCUCGUUGAGUAAAAUAUUAUAUAAUCCCUCUAACUACCACUACUGUAGUGCUGUGCCGGUUCACUGCUGCAUCGGCUUGGUCACAGUCGCACACUCUUUCCUCCGUUUAUUUCCCCUUUUUCUAAUGGAUACACACGACAGCAAACGCAAAUUUUCAGUGCCGGAGACAGAAGAAAUGAGAAACAAGGUGACGCUGAAAGAGCUUUACGAUGGCUUGGCGUGGGAAGAUACAGAAACCGUGGCUAGGCUUCUGGCUACCGAUCUCGAGUGGUGGUUUCAUGGGCCUCCUCGUUGCCAGCACAUGAUGCGGUUGCUAACUGGGCAGUCUACCCGCGCGGAAUUCAAGUUUGAACCACGGAGCAUCACGGCCAUUGAUGACCGGGUAAUUGUGGAGGGAUGGGAAGGAACUCAGGCUUACUGGGUCCACGUUUGGACUCUGAAAGACGGGCUGAUCACUCAAUUCCGGGAGUACUUCAAUACAUGGCUCACUGUGAAAGAUUUGAGGCCUCCGGUGUGGGAGAUUGGUCAAGAUAGGCCGACAUUAUGGCAGAGUGAACCUGAAAAGCAUCUGCACCGCUCGUUGCCGGGUCUCGUACUCGCUAUCUGAGCUGAGCUGAGCUCGUGGCUGCAAUCACUUUAUGAACUACGAGUUCCGCUUCCGCAGGAGAUCUAUUCGAGUCAAGAUGUGAGAAAGAAAAAACAAAACCAAAAAAAAUAAAUGCUCUUUUUGUACGUGCUUCUGUUUACUAGGAAACAUGUGUAAUAUAAAGCAAAUAAUGCACGGCUGUUUCAUCCAGAAUAUGGAAAUCUUGGUCGAGUUGAAGUGUACUUUUAUGAAAUCAAUAAGAUUAAUAUCAGUAGAUCCAAGCCGUAAAAGCAUGUAAUUUAAUCCUGGGUACUUGUGGUCUUGGCUCUACCAUGAUACAAUCAACCGGUAUCAUAUAAGUGAUAAUGAAUCGUCAUCAAUCAUUCAUGC